CGGCUUUAGUUGAUUGUGGCGUUUGGAACCGCCAUAAAAUUUGUUUUCUUUUUUAAUUUGAGUGAUGUUGGAUACGAGAGUGUGAUUAGUAUUGUUGCAUAUGAGAACGUGAGGAUGAUGUCAAUGUCGAAUCCUAAUUUCUUGCCGUUGUUCAUCUUCCACUGAUUUGUCUUUCAACUCCUCGCUGUCGCUCAUUCCCUUGUUGUAGCUCAUCUCCUCGCAGUUGCAAGCAACGCCGUUGUCGUUGCCUUCAUUGAGCCUCUACAAUUUGGCUUCGAUCUGAAGACUUGUCAGCAUUCAUCGGAGCUCCGAUUUCUAUGUUUCUUCAAUUCACAGAUUCUCUCUCUCCCUGACGUUUAGCUUCUUCUCCUCGGAGCUCCGAAAAAACCACCACACUCACUACCAGCACUAAGCGCCACUAUGGAAGGCGGCGGAGCAACGUUAUUGGAUGUUUAUCAAAGCGCGAAGAAGCUCCUCCUAAAUACGCGCAACUGCAUGGAACGCCUCAAGCACCUCGACUACUCCGCCUCCUCUGAUCUCUCCCUCUCCCUCUCCAACGACAUCUCUCAGAUCCAAUCCCUAUGCGUCCAGAUUGAUCGAUUAUGGUGCUCCAUCGCCGCCAAAUCUCAACGCGAUCUCUAGAAAAGAAAAGUGGAACAGAUAGCUGAAGAGGCUGACUCUCUGAGACAGUCUUUAGAUAAAUAUAACAUAAAAAAUCAGAAACAGAUCACAGAAGCUAAAGAGAGAGCAAAGCUUCUGGGACUAGCAAAUGGGGAUUCCAGCCAUGUUUUGAGGAUCUUUGACGAGGAGGCACAAGCUAUACAAUCGGUUUGAAACUCAAGGCUUGAGCUGCAAAAUUCUACUACACUUGGAAAAACCAUCCUUUCAUUAAUACAUGGGAAAAGGGAACGCUUGGAGAAAAUAUAUAUAUUCAGUUUGGACUUGCAUUACCAGGAAGUACGGAUGAUAAAGAUCAAAGAAGUGAUAAGGAUAAUACAAGGAAUAAUGAUAAAACAAGUGAUCAACCUGCCAUUGCUGUAAUUCAAUCUUCACUUCCAGAGGUCAAAAAAGCAACAGAGAAUUUAAUUAGACAGACUUAUUCAAUUUUAGGUGGUUUAAUGCUUCUGACUACAACAAUUUCAAAAAUGAAAAAUAAAGCACGUUCUUUGGAAGAGAAAGAAAUCAAAGAAGAUUGCACCAAAGUAGGAGGUGAUGACACACAAUAUUCUAUUAGUCUGGAGUUUCUUCCCACAGAAUGGAUUACUGUUGGAUGAAAAGAAAGCUGAAGAGAUGAGAGCACUUUUUUCAACUGCAGAAAGUGCUGUGGAGGCUUGGGCAAUGAUGACCACUUCACUUGGUCAUCCUAGUUACAUUAAGUCUGAGUUUGAAAAAUAUGUUUCUUAGAUAAUGCAUUCACAGACACGUAGGUCUUUUCUUAUCUCUUCUACAAUAUGUAUGCUACAUUGCUACUCUAACAAUUGCAGUGUAUCACCCUAAAUACCAUUUAUGCAGAUAUCUCAUUCAAUAUACUUCUUUCAAUUAGCUAAUAAUUGAAACCCUCAGGUUGCAAUUUGGCGUGAUUCCACAGGAGGAGGUUGGUGGUUGUGUUUAGGGGAACAUAACAGUCUCAAUGGAAGGACUUAAGAACUGAUCUAAUGCGUGACCAACUACCAUGUUUAUUUAUCUCAUUUUGGAUGCUAUAUAUGAACUGUAAUUUGUAGUUUCUUUUUUGGCUUUGUAGUUUAUUUUUUAGCUUUCUUUUUUGUAGUUUCUUUUUUUGCUUUCUUGAAUCUAUCCGGAGAAUCUAAGGGCCUUAGCAGAAUAUUCUGAAUUUUUACAGCAACAUGAUAGCUUAUCUUUUGGAGAAGAUGACAAUACCAAGCAGAAGCAUUCAACAAAAGCAACAAUAUGUCUGCACCUCUUUCUCCCCCGGCAGUCUCAGAAAAGACUAACCGGGUGGGUUCGUUGAAAAAGAAACUGAGAAAUUCUUUCAAGAGGAAGGGGAGGUGAAGUAGUAGCAAGGUUAUGUCCCUUGAAAUAGAGGAUUUUCGUGAUGUUGGUGAGGCCAAAAUUGUUGAUGAGUUUCGCCAAGCUCUCAUUUUGAAUGAGCUUCUCCCUUCCAAGCACGAUGACUAUCACAUGUUGCUCAGGUUCAUUCUUAGUAAUGGGCUUAAGAACUUCAGCAAACAUGCCAGAGAGCUCAUCACUGCCCUUCAGAAGAUUGAUGGCAACAACUAUUCUGAAACCUUGAGCCAAAUGUACAUCAUCAAUGCUGGUUCUGGAUUCAGAAUGUUGUGGAGCACUGUCAAAUCCUUCCUUGACCCAAAGACCCCAUCAAAGAUCCAUGUACUUGGCAACAAGUAUCAAAGCAAAUUACUAGAAGUGAUUGAUGCUAGUGAGUUGCUAGAGUUUUUUGGAGGUACUUGUACCUGUUCUGAUCAUGGAGGCUGCAUGCAUUCUGAUAAGGGUCCAUGGAAGGAUCCAUAUAUAAUGAUGAUUUACCGAUGGUUCAGAAUGGGUUCCACAAAAUUUCAAACCAUAAAAUUGAGACAAUUCCAGAGAGCAAAAAUGAGAUUUGACAAGAUCAUCAAUAAAGAAAUUUCUUCUACUAUGGUUUAUGUCUUUCAAACUCAAAAGGAGGGAUUGGAUCAAGAGAGUGAAAUUCCAUCACCAAAAGAGUUAAGAAGUAGAUCUUUUGGAGCUAGCACCCAAGAAGCAUGAUCUUGCAUGAUAAAGAUUUUAUGUAUAUAUAUAUAUUGUAAGACGAAUUAUUGAAAAAUGUUAUCUUUGAUACUUUGUUUUUGGAUUAUGACUCUUGAUUUUCGAAGACCAUGUAUGAAUUGAAAAUCUUGUUAUAAUGUUUGAUUUAAGGCUA